UUCUUUUACUCAUUUUUCUAUCGAAAAACUAUUUUGAUCUUUCACAACUACGGAGGGUAGGGGAAAAGUGUUGAUCAAAAUGCGUUACCCUCUUGCCACACAAUCGGUAUCGGUUGAAAUGCGUUACCCACAUUAGCAUCAGAGUAAAUUUUCGAGGAAGCUCUAGAUAUGAUUAGAGAGGAAAUACGAAGUAAAAUCGUUAUCUCAUAAUAAUUCUUAGAGGUUAUAUUUUUAACUCUGCAUACUUCAAUUCAUCUACAAUAUUUACAUUUAUAUUUUGUCUAAAACUGCGCCAUUAUAAAAGGCUUUUGAAUUGUUAUUUUAAGUAUAAUUCCCCCAUAAUCGAUGGAACAUGACAGGCUUUCAUCAAAACGUAGCGGUAAUUAAAAAAAAACAGAGUUUAGUUAGUUAGUUUUAUCCAUACUUGUGAAAUAAUUAAUUAAACUGCACGUGUUCUUGAACCCGCCAUUUUGCCGAUUAUAACCAGUGGUAAUUUAGACUUCUAAUUUCGUUGGAUUAUCGCUAAUAUUUUGUAGUUUAAUGCGCUUUCGUUUAACAAGACAAUUUAUUCCUAUUAACAUGAUUAAAUAAAUUAUUUGAUCGAUAUUAUAUUUAAAAUAUCAUUUUUAUUUCCCUUGAUGCAGUUGAUCCCUGUAAAAGAAACAUAAAUGCUCUUAGUUAUCGAUCAACCUCUUUAGUGUGAUGUGUGUUUAGUUAAGGUUAGGUUAUAAGUGUAUCUAAAAUGAGUGUUAAAUUCAUCAAUAUUAAGUGAGUAGUGUUUAUUAGUAUAGUUUUCAAAUCUUUUACUAUUUUCCUAUAAUAAUUUGCUGAUAGAUUCAUAAAAUUACCACAUUACAGUACUUUAUAAUUUCCUAACGAAAUGGCGGGGAAGUUAGCAAGAAUGACUCGUAAAAAAUGAUUUUGCUACUAUAUAAUUGUUUCUGGUUUGUUUAUCAAAUCUUUAAAUGACGUCUUUUGUCCUAUUUACAUUGCAUUUAGAUCGAAUGACCAUUUUAGUUAAUUUUGCAAGAUUUCCUCAUGCAUAAACACAUUAUUUCAUUGUUUAACUUUAAAAUUUGUUAAUUUGAAUCGACCGUGUAAUUGAUAGAAACAAAGAAAUUGUUUGUCUUUUAAAUUUUUGAUAACAAUUGUAAUUGUUAACCUUUUAUUCAAUAGCGCGUGUGGGUUUCGAACGGUCGUGUUAGUCCUGGGAGUUAUAAUCGUUAAUCAUCUUUGAUACAUCACGAAUUGCAUUAAUUUAUUAUUUUUUAUUUGUUUUUAAUCACAAUGAAAGAAAGUGUUUUCAUAAUAUCUAACACCAAAUGUUAUUGACUUGAAUUAUUAUCAAUAGUGAUAGACGUCCUUUUUGUGAGUUGAUAUGUCGAUAAAAAUCGAAAAAAGUUUAGAUAACGUGCCUUACAUCCAAUUGGGCUCGCAUCAAUUACGAUUAGAUUUAGAAGAUUUAACGCCGGAAGAAAAGCAAAGAGCUGAGCAAGAAUUGAGAGAAACGCCGGAAAAUGUGAAAUAUGCAUUAGAAAAACUCAAGGAAUUGUUAGGAGAUGAACCAGAUUUUUACGUACCAAUCGACGACGACAAAUUCCUUACAAAAUUUCUGAGGCCGUGUCGAUUUAUUCCCGAAAGUGCUUUCAGAAUCAUGAGAAAAUACUACGGGUUCAAAAUAAAGUAUCCUAAAUUUAGUUGCAACAUCACUCCAGCUGGUAUCAGACAUGUUUUCGACAAAGAAAUUUUUAAAAUGCUACCAACAAGAACGUCUAACGGCUGCAGAAUCAUGAUCGUCAGCUUAGAAAAAUGGGACCCUAAACAAGUGAAAUUGGAAGAUCUGUUUAAAGCUGUAAUGGUAGCUAUGGAAAUCGCCAUGUUAGAACCGAAAACUCAAUGUGGUGGUGUCGAAAUUAUUCUGGAUACUAAAGGGUUAGCGUUAAUUCACAUUUAUCAGAUCACCCCUACGCUAGCAAAAAUUAUUUUAGAAUGGAUACAGGAAUGUUGUGCUGUAAGGCUGAAAGGAAUUCAUGUUAUAAAUCAACCGUUAAUAUUCAACAUGGGUUAUAAGAUAUUUAAACCAUUCUUAGGGGAGAGAUUAAAAAAAGCGUUGUUUUUCCAUGGACAUAAUGCUGAAAAUUUAUUAAAACGAAUUUCCCCGGAAAGUUUACCCCCAAAAUACGGUGGUACUGCUGAUAUUCCAGAAUAUCCAGGAUCUUUAUUUUCUGACAUGCUUUUCUAUUACGAAAAAAAUUUUGAAGAAUAUAAUACUUAUGGAUAUAAGGAAGAUACAAAAACAGUACAAAAAUUUAAUGAUACUAAAGAGGAAAUAAGUGUAACAUGCCAUUAACGUGAGGAACUAAAACAAAUCUUAAGUUCACUAUGUAUUUUAAAAUUCAUAGAUCGAUUUUGUGGAAUAUAUGUUUUUAUUUUUUAAUAAAAAUUCUCAUUUACUAAA